AUGUUAGCAGAAAGAUGUGUUAUUUUAAUAUUUUUAGUUUGUACAGUUAACAGCGAAAUAAAAGAUCUAUUAGUUGAAACUGAUAUUGGCUUUAUAAAAGGUCUAAGAGCUGACGAUGGUGACUACACAAUGUUUCUUGGAGUACCUUUUGCAGAAGUUAACACCUCCAAUCCUUUCGGAGUGGCGACUCCACAUCCAGGUUUCGAGAAUACCUUUGAAGCAUACGAUGACUAUGCUCCUUGUCCACAAAGAGAAGAAUACAACCUCACUUUAGGUUUAAAAGAUCAGGUUUUAGCUUUAAGAUGGAUUAAAAGACAUAUUAAGGCAUUUGGUGGGAACGAUACUAACAUUACAUUAGGUGGUCAUAGUGCUGGAGCAAUUUCUGUAGAUCUACAUUUACAAUCCAAUGAUGAGAAGUUAUUUGAUAAAGUUAUUUUACAAAGCGGUACAUCACUAAUACCGAUUUUUAACGAACCAAUUAAAAGAGCACCACUAAUACUUUCAGAAUACUUAGGUUUUCCUACCAAUGACACGAAUGCAGCAAUUGAUUUUCUAUCAAAACUGGACACGCAUCUAGUAAUAACAGCUGCUGAGGAUUCGAAGUUAUUAUACAAGUUUAAACCGUGCGUAGAAAAACAGUUUGAUGGUGUUGAAAGCUUCAUUUCGAAAAAUUGGCGCACAGGAAUAAUGCCCAAAGUUAAAAAUAUGCCUAUUCUAAUUGGUAUCGCUAUCGAUGAAAAGUGUGGAUAUCAUCCAUCAGAGAAAGAUGAAGAUUACCAGAAUGUCGUUAAUGACAUAAUUUCUAUGUGUUUUGAUGCUACUAAUGAUUUCGAGGGUAUGGCAAAUAUCGUACAUCAAUUUUAUUUUGGAGAUGAACCACCAAGCGCUGCAGUUCGAGAAAGUGUAAUUAAUUUUGAUUCUGACAUUCAUUACCUUUAUCCGGUUUAUAAAACUAUUGAAAGGUAUUUAGAUAAUGAGGCCGGGAACAUAUAUUUUCAAGUAUUUUCAUAUAUUGGUCAUAGAAAUUUUGUGCGACUUCUAUGGAAUACCACAAAAGGCGGUGCUCAACAUGGUGAUGAUAUGGGCUAUUUGUUUGAUUUCUCCUAUUUAAAACAUCUUUCGAUCACUCAAGAAGAUCAACAAAUGAUAGAUCGAAUUACAUUGAUUUGGACAAAUUUUAUUAAAUUUGGUAAUCCAGUACCGCAAACAUCAGAUCUUUUACCAAUUCAAUGGACUCCAGUUACUAAGCAAUCCGGAAUUCCGUACUUAGAUAUUAACACGAAAUUAGAAAUGAAAUCUAGACCUUUCCAUCAGCGAGCUGCUUUCUGGCAACUUUUCUACAGGGCCAAUAAUCAUCUCCACAUAGCAUACCCUGAUGAAGCAGACUCAGAAGACGAAAAAUAUAAACAACGAACUUAUUCUAAAACAGAGCUUUAG